CCGGAGGAGGCACCUGGUUGCAGAAGGCGACGUAAUGGGCGGGGCGGGGCGUCUAUGGUGUAUGGGAGCUUUGGAUCCCCUGCAGGAAUCGGUGGGUCCUGACCUCAGGUCGUGGUGGAGAGAUGGAGUCUGGGCACUGAGAUGAGCUAACGUAGGGCUCACUUAUCACCUACCCCGACCCGUUAUGGAAGUAGGGGACAAGGACUUCUUUUCGUCUCUGAAUUCGUAGGACAGUGCAUUGCCAGUUUUUUUACAGAGCACUGAUAUCUAUGGACUCUAACAUGGACUUCAUUUAAAGAAACCCACGGACCAUUAAUGGACAAAAACAUGAAUCAAUUUGUAUUGUGGCAUUCAAAUCCUAGCACUUUGGGAGAGGUUUGGGAGCCCUCUUGUGCAUCAGACCUCUAUUCUAAUAAUCCUCUGAGUGUCAUCUCAGGACCUUGGUCACACUCAUGGCACGAUGGCCAACCCUCAGGAGCGCCUGAGCUGCUCCUCUUCUCCACAUUUCCCCUCGAGUGAAAACAAAACCUUCAAUGGACUACAGGAUGAGCGUGCAGCCAUGGGGAACCACCCUCCACCCAGGCUCCUUGAGGAUCCCCAGGAAAAGGGGGUCGUGCGAACAGAGCCGAGCGACAGCAUGAACAGCCCGGUCACCACAACAGUGUUGACCAGCGUGAGUGAGGAUUCCAGGGACCAGUUCGAGAACAGUGUUCUUCAGCUAAGGGAACAAGAUGAAUCAGAGAUGGCUGUGUCUCAGGGGAACAGCAACACCGUGGACGGGGAGAACACGGGUGCAACUGAAGACAUCAAGAUUCAGUUCAGCAGGUCAGGCAGCGGCAGUGGGGGGUUUCUUGAAGGACUGUUCGGCUGCCUAAGGCCUGUGUGGAACAUCAUUGGGAAGGCGUACUCCACCGAUUACAAAUUACAGCAGCAAGAUACUUGGGAAGUGCCAUUUGAGGAGAUCUCAGAGCUGCAGUGGCUGGGUAGUGGAGCCCAAGGAGCUGUCUUCUUGGGCAAAUUCCGAGCAGAGGAAGUGGCCAUCAAGAAAGUGAGAGAACAGAAUGAGACGGAUAUCAAGCACUUGAGGAAGUUGAAGCACCCUAACAUCAUCGCAUUCAAGGGUGUUUGUACUCAGGCCCCAUGUUAUUGUAUCAUCAUGGAAUACUGUGCCCACGGACAACUUUAUGAAGUCUUGAGAGCUGGCAGGAAGAUUACACCUCGAUUACUAGUAGACUGGUCCACAGGAAUUGCAAGUGGAAUGAAUUAUUUACACCUCCAUAAAAUUAUUCAUCGUGAUCUCAAAUCACCUAAUGUUUUAGUGACUCACACAGAUGCAGUAAAAAUUUCAGAUUUUGGUACAUCUAAGGAACUCAGUGAUAAAAGUACCAAGAUGUCUUUUGCUGGCACGGUUGCAUGGAUGGCACCAGAAGUAAUACGGAAUGAACCUGUCUCUGAAAAAGUCGAUAUAUGGUCUUUUGGAGUGGUGCUUUGGGAGCUGCUGACAGGAGAGAUCCCCUACAAAGAUGUAGAUUCAUCAGCCAUUAUUUGGGGUGUUGGAAGCAAUAGCCUACACCUUCCAGUUCCUUCUACUUGCCCUGAUGGAUUCAAAAUCCUUAUGAAACAGACAUGGCAAAGUAAACCUCGCAACAGACCUUCUUUUCGGCAGACACUCAUGCAUUUAGAUAUUGCAUCUGCAGAUGUACUUGCCACCCCACAGGAAACUUACUUCAAGUCUCAGGCUGAAUGGAGAGAAGAAGUUAAAAAACACUUUGAGAAGAUCAAAAGUGAAGGAACUUGUAUACAUCGAUUAGAUGAAGAACUGAUUCGGAGGCGCAGAGAAGAACUCAGGCAUGCUUUGGAUAUUCGUGAACAUUAUGAAAGAAAACUUGAGCGCGCUAAUAAUUUAUACAUGGAACUGAGUGCCAUCAUGCUGCAGCUAGAAAUGCGGGAGAAGGAGCUCAUUAAGCGAGAACAAGCAGUAGAAAAGAAGUAUCCAGGGACCUACAAACGACACCCUGUCCGUCCAAUAAUCCACCCCAAUGCCAUGGAGAAACUCAUGAAAAGAAAGGGAGUGCCUCACAAAGCUGGGGUGCAGACCAAGCGGCCAGAUCUGUUGAGAUCUGAAGGUAUCCCCAGUACCGAGGUAGCUCCCACUGCAUCCCCUUUGUCUGGAAGUCCCAAAAUGUCCACCUCAAGCAGCAAGAGCCGAUAUCGGAGCAAACCACGCCACCGUCGGGGGAAUAGUAGGGGCAGCCAUAGUGACUUUGCAGCAAUCUUGAAAAACCAACCAGCCCAGGAAAAUUCACCCCAGCCCUCUUACCUCCAUCAGGCUCAGUCCCAGAACCCUUCUCUCCAUCACCAUAAUACUCUGCAGCAGCAAUACCAGCAACCCCCUUCUGCCAUGUCUCAGAGUCACCAUUCCAGGCUUGGUAUGCACGGACAGGACAUUGCAACCUGCGCCAACAACCUGAGGUAUUUUGGCCCAGCAGCAGCCCUGCGGAGCCCUCUCAGCAACCAUGCUCAAAGACAGAUGCCUGGCUCUAGCCCUGACCUCAUCUCCACAGCCAUGGCAGCAGAUUGCUGGAGAAGUCCUGAGCCCAACAAAGGCCAGGCCGACCCCUGGGGCUGCUGUCAGGCUGACCCUUAUGACCCCUGCCUCCAAUGCAGGCCAGAACAGUGUGGGUCCUUAGAUAUACCCACUACUGAGCCAGUGGGGAGGAGCCCCAACCUUUCCAAGUCACCAGCACACAAUCUCCUCUCAGAAAAUGUCCAAGGUUCUGAGAAAAUGGAAGAAAAUGAAUUCAACAGCUGUGGGUCUGCAUCAUCCCUUGGCACCCCUCAUCACAUCACCCCCCCAGCACUACCUCGAAAAUCAAGGCCCCUUCAGAAGAGUGGAGAUGAUUCCUCUGAAGAAGAAGAAGGGGAAGUAGAUAGUGAAGUUGAAUUUCCACGAAGACAGAGGCCCCAUCGCUGCAUCAGCAGCUGCCAGUCCUAUUCCACCUUUAGCUCUGAGAAUUUCUCUGUGUCUGACGGAGAGGAGGGAAAUACUAGCGACCACUCAAACAGUCCUGAUGAGUUAGCUGAUAAACUUGAAGACAGCCUGGCAGAGAAGCUGGACGACCUGCUGUCCCAGACUCCGGAGAUCCCCAUUGAGAUAUCCUCCCACUCGGAUGGGCUCUCUGACAAGGAGUGUGCUGUGCGCCGCGUGAAGACGCAGAUGUCUCUGGGCAAGCUAUGUGUGGAGGAGCGUGGCUAUGAGAACCCUCUGCAGUUUGAAGAAUCAGACUGUGACUCUUCAGAUGGGGAGUGUUCUGACGCCACAGUUAGGACCAAUAAACACUACAGCUCUGCUACCUGGUAAUGAAGGAACACCCCUCCAGAAGAGCUCAUGGCGUGCUGGUGUUUCAAAUCCUCCACCCCCUAGACUCCUCCCUUUCUCUUCCUGCUUUUUGUCAGGGAAGAGAACUGCCCCAUCUUUACCACCCCUAGAAAUGAGCUGCAAUAACAGGAACAUGAGACUUCGCAAAUCUCUGGAAAAAAAUAUCCAAAUGAAAUUAAGUCUCACUGAACAUUUCAAUCAAGAAUGGCAGGGAUCUAUUUUAUUGAAUAUUCUAGCUACUGUAACAUUGAUAUUUAUUUUUGUUGGACAUUUUAACACUUUGUACUGUAAAGAGUGAACUAUAUAUGAUAUAGAGAGAGACACAAUAAUUUCUUGCAAAAAAAGAAAAAGAAAGAAGAGGACUUUAAGAGCAACAUACUUGGGAAUACUUGGGGCCAGGAGGUAUUAUUGCUACUUCCACAGGGGACCAGGUCUUUUGGCCAUAAGUGACGGAAGAGCCAGAGCAAGACAUAUUGAGCAUUUUAGAACACAAAGAACAGCAAAAGAAAACGCAAUUCCAGGUAACUUGUGAACAGAUCACAUUAAGUUCAACCAGCUUGUCCAGGUGGGUGAUGGAAAUGACCUAGAGAAGUUCGGUGACCAGAGGUAUUAAAGGCAUGUGCUUCCUCUAGGAGAAGAUAAACAAACAAAACUGAACAUGGAAACUGACUUCAUUUUUCAAACUUUAAGCAGCAUUUGGUAGUGAGGCUUACAGAUUGCAUCACACCUUGUCCCUGGCAAAUACUUCCCUUUUUAAUGCUGUCAUUGUCGUUACCUUGGCAAAUGUAUUACCUUGACCAAUGUGUUGAUCUUUCAGAUUCAAGUGCCAUUUUCCUAUAGCUUUUUUCCUUUCUACUGUUGACCACUUCCUUUAGGAAAAAGGGAGGAGUUGCUGAGGAGACAAGGAUGAGAGAGAAAGACCACCCACAGCAAUGUUAGAAAAGCAAGUGUGGAAUUUGUGAAAGCAUGUUCUCAGGAUGGUCAGUUCAGCUAUAUGGAGAAGAUGGAACCACCCCUCUCUAGAACAGGUGGUUUGUCUGCUAGAAUCAUAUUGAUUCAAAUAGGAGAAUAGAAUUUGAAGGCAGCUAGGAUGUGUGUGUAUGUGUGUGUGUGUGUGUGUGUGUGUGUGUGUGUGUAUGUGUGUGUGUCUGUCUGUCUGUCUGUCGGUCUAGCAUCCAAUCCCAAACCAUCCCCUUGUUUUGAUUCAUUAACCCAAUCUGUCCUGGAAGCUUUAGUGACUGGCUGUCAUUGUUAGAAUAAAGGCAAAAUAAUCAACUUGCAAAAAGCAACCCUUUUUGAACCACAGUAGCAUUUUUGUUAAAUGCUACUUGUAGAAUAUGUUUUAGUACACUCUAAAUCAAUGCAGUUUUGAUUAAUUGGAUUUGGAAAUUCAUGGAAAGAAUUUCACAACUGAUUCUGAGCAGGGAAUUGGAAAGAUUUUACUUUGUCAAAAGCUUGAGGUUUUUCCUAUCUCCAGGGACAUGGGUUCUAAAAAGUAUCAAAAGGUACUUCAUGGUGCCUGGCUUCAAGGAAAUUUUUAUCUAGAAUUUUAUAUACAAAUAGAUGUUGACCUAAUUCUUGUCUCUGUCUCUAAGAAAACAUACACUUGCUUUAGACCCUAUGAUAUGUGUCCUGUUGGAUGUUAGGAAAGAUUUGCAAAUACUAAACCAUUUCCAAUGCAAAAGAAAAUGGUACCCUCCUCUGGGUGCCAGUGAUUGCAUCAGCCAAAAAGGAAAGGCAGGAGGGAAUUUAGAGCAGUUCCUUUUGUUUGUUUGAUCCCUCCAUUUGUUUACACUUUAUGUUGAUAAAUUGAUUUAAAAUUUAGUGUCUGUAAUUUGUAGUUCAUCAGUAGGAUGAAAGAAAAUGUUUAACUUAUACAGAGAACAGUAUUGUUUGCAUUAAAUUAUUCCAUUUUGUAUAAUUCUGUAGCUGGACUACAUGAAAGAUCUUAAGUUAUGGCAUUAUUAUCAUUGUUAUUUUAUUUUAUAAUAUUAUCAUUCUCAUUUUCUGUCGAUCAGAAGGUGCAGUUCAUGAUGUAGCACAAUGAUUGUGUUUAUUGCUAACCAUGAAUCAUUAUGGAUUUUAUGAUUUUAAUGAAGGUGUGAACAUGGGACUGCCACUUAGGAGCUCCUUGGUAGUCACUGUAGUUGUGUCCCUAAUUUUCUGUGUACAAUGAUCAUCUAAAGAUGCAUGUUCUGCCCCAAAAUCCAAUGGGCACAGUGUGGUUUUGACUCCAUCAUGAAAGCUCUCAGUGGGCAGAUGACUAAGAGAGUGGACAAAUUGUUCAAAACUGUAAACUUUCUCAAAUUUCUUAAGAAAUAAAAUCAUGGGACUGCAUUAGAAGCAAAAAGAAUUAUUUAAUCCCCCCAAGAAGAACAAACUUAGAGAGUUCAUGGAACUCAUGGAUUAAUUUCAAGAAUUGACAAUAUGGUUUGUAAUCUCCUUCCUGCCAAAGCUCACAAAACCAUCCUUCUCUCCUAAAUGAGAGUAGCAGGAAGACUAAAAGAAGAAUAUAUACAUAUAUAUUUCCUGGCCAUGAUGUCAUCCCAUCAUGAAUAAAGAAAUUCAAGGAGGCCAAGUCACGUAGAGGAUCAUGGGGCUUAGAAGAGUACCUUGAAAGACGCUAUUUUUCCAUUCUCUGACUUCAGAUUUCCCUGCACUUUGCAUCUUUGUGGUUCAUUGCUCCUUGGAAUGCAGAAUGCUACAACUGUGUCUUCUGUUCAAUACAAAAUACCCACACUUGUUCAUUUAGGUUUAUACCCACUUUUAGUGUCAACAGAGAAAUAUGAGGGUCAAUUUUUAUCUUUAGACCUUUCAGUGAUGGUCUUCCUAGAACAUCCACCCCUGAUGCCUCAUAAUUUUGAUCAAUUUUUUGAAUUCUCAUCUUGGCUAUCUGUCAUACUAAUGCCACCUUAUCUAGAUUUACUAUUUAGGGAAAUAGAUAGUCUUGAAACUUCAGCCAUUUGUUAGUCAAGAUUUUAAUAAAGUCCACAUUGAAUAACUUUUGAGUAGAAUUGACUAGAGUUUUCAGAAAAGAAUGGUGUCCUCAGUCAAGGUUAAAAGGGAGGGCUGGGGAUGUAGUUCAGUAGUACAGGGCUUGCCUAGUGUGUGUGAUGUACUGAAUUCAAUCCAGAAGAGUUGAAUCAAGAGCUCAGGGAAUCUAAGAGCUUAUUCUUUGGGUCCUAUCAGCCUGAGUAGUGCUUCAAGGAACCUCACAGGACUAUGACUUCAGGCUUCCUCACAAUUGAAAGUCUAAACCUCUUGGGUUCAAUGUCUACAUUCAUUUAUUUGGCUCACUUCAAGAUGAGUUUCAAUUUAUAUUGCAGAUGAGAAUUUGGUUUUGAGCUCCAUUCUUUUUCUAGAUCAUGUCCUCAAAUACAGAUUUCUCUUAAAAUUGAUUAGUAGAAUGACUUUGAAAUUAUAAUGGAUCUCUUACCACCACUCAAGUUUAGACCUGUAUGCAAGACUGUGGGGAGCUCCCACCCAGAAACAUGAAGAUGCUAGCUAGCUGUCAUAAGUUGAUUUGGUUUGGCCUACUUGAAGUUCAAAUAUUUUAAAACUUUAGUAUCAACAAAUUCAUCCUUCUAGGAUGAAGAUCAUAUAUAGUAGGAUUUAAUAAGUACUGGACAUUUACUCCAGGUCUCCUUUUGCUAAAUUUUCUUCUAGCCUACCCUACGUAAUAGAUGUGAUGAUUUUGGAUUUCCCUGGUACUAUCCUACCAGAUUUAAAUGCCCCACUCCAUUGUGGAGCACUGGCAUCCUGUAUGUGAAUGCUUCCUCAUUGAUGAGAUGUUUUACUUUUUUUUUUUUAAUGCCUUUAUGUCUCAGUUUUUUCCUUAAAACAUUCCUACUUGAACUUCCUAGAACUUAGUUCUCCAGAACAGAACAGAAUAUUUGGAAUCCAAGGCAUUCCUGUCCUACUUCUCAGUAUAUGUGGUAUAUCUUGUUUCCCCACUAAGCCAGAAAACAGAACCACCAUAUACCACCCUCUUCCAUCUCUGUCCUAAACACUGAAGACCAGCAUUACUUAAGGAGCACCAUAUUCUUUCCUACUGCAUCUACUACUCACAACACAGCACUUGGAGCAACAAUUACCACUUGAUUGGAAUUGGUGAACAAAGGGAAAUCUGUUGACUAUCCCAACUUUAAACUCAUAAUUACUUUCUGAAAGUGAGCUCUUGAGCUUUUUGAGCUCUUGAGUUUGCCCUGAUGGAAGAACAGGAUCACACCAGUGUUUUCCUUCUGGAUCCCACACAAGGCUGGCAGGGGCAGUACCAAGACAGGGAAAAGGCCACUUACCUCUACUCACUGCCCUUUUGGACCACACUUCCACUUGAACACUCACCAAUCGCUGAUGAAUCAACUUCCAAAUGUCUCCUCAUCCAAUCAUCUAAUUGUGUUGAAUGAACAUGUUCUUCCUUCACCAUCUAGAAACAGGAAGUUAAUGUUCUAAGUCCUGGUUACUUGCUUCCUCCCAAGAUGCUGUGAGACUAACAUGACAUUCUUUUCAAGACUUGUCUUGUACUGUCAGUAUGAAUUUAGUGCCUUUCCAGGCAGCAAGGUUUUUCUUUGCUGAUUUCAUAGAACAAAUGUCACACCACCAAUGUUACCCACUUUAGAGAUUGGCCCAUUAGAAUCGUUAGUUUGCUUAUUUGCAUGUUACAACUGAUACUGCAAAUUGGAAUGGAUGAAGCUGCUAAGUGGAGGACCCUUGUGGAACCUGGAGUAUUUCUCAGGGACAGGUGGCAGAAGAGGGGAGCUCUGAAAUUGCAGCUCUGAGAAACAGGAAAAGGAACUGGAUUAAGGCUUUGGUUAACUGUUAUGUGGCCAAGGCAUGAUAGCAGGAUUUUACACAAGCCAAGCGUCAAGCAGAUGGCAAGGCCACUAUCAGGAAGCUUCCAGCAGAAUCACAGGCCUGCCCAGAGCCACUUCACAGCACUCAGGGGAUCACUGGCUCCUGGCCUCAGGCUGCUGUCCAGUGACCAUGGUCCUCCAAUGGUUGCAAGCCAGAGGGAACCCCAGCCAGGACUUGCAAGCUGUUAGGAAAAUGUCCCAUCUUGACCAUAUCACCCCAGUGGCUCUCCAUCUCCAGAGUGACCACAUCCCAGACUCUGGAACUAGGAAGAUUCUCUUACAAUAAUUUGAGUUACUCUAAUUUGGGGCAAAUUAAUCUUUUGUGGUAGAACUCAAAAUGAACUCCCUCAUCUGUCUCUCCUGCAGUCACCUGCACUGUCCAUUCCCCUGCUCCUUGUGUUGUUUUCCGAUGCUGGCCCCUCUUUGUAUUGAACAGCAAUGGAACGAGAAUGACUAUCAAAGCAAACAAAUGCAUGAAAUUAAACAAAAAGUGUACUUCACUGUUUUCUGGUUCUUCCUUUUUAGAACGGUACUGUCUAUAUUCUGUGAGCUGCCUUAACAAAUGUGUCAGUAUUUGUCAGAACUUCAGACAAUAAAAGACUUUACGUGA